UUAAUAUACAUAUAUCGCUUUACAGUGUGACUAAGUCGACACGCAAUAUUUGAAAUAUUUUAGAAGAAAUUGGAAAUAUUAAAAAUACUUUUAUAAAAAUUUCCCAAAAUAUUUUGAACUGAACACGAUAUACUAUUCGAUAUAAUCGAGUUGCGUCUCGAUUGAACAAUCGAUUCAACGCGAUCAAUUUAAAAUAUACUACAAACUAGCUUUCCAACGAAUUCGCUGUAUUUAUAAUCGAACGAAAUAUAAAAAAUUGGCGAAACACGUGCAGAUUCAAUGACGGAACGCAUCUGUACACGUGGCCAUGGCAAAUUGUUUCGAAAUCGAAGUGAACAAAAUCUAUAAAGCAAUAAACGUAGCGGUUUCGCUUAGAUCUAUGCAACGGUAAAAAACGUUCGAUCGUUCGAUGAAAGAAAACAUUGAUGAAGGGAAAGUUCUCGAGUGAAGUGCUGCGCUCUAGUUACCGAUCGUAACCUUAUCAAGAUCGAUGGACGGUACAUAGUACCGUGCGUACAUAGGCGCGAAUGGUGAGAAAAUCAGCAAGGGUAGAUGGUCGAUGAGAAGGAAGCUAUAUCUCGUAAUAGUGUUGGGUGGCGUUCGCGCGGCAUCAGGCACGCGGUAAUGUAACGAACAAUCGAAAAAUUCGGAGGGCAGUCGUUCGUGAGCUUCACGAUUCAUCGCGUCGACAAUAAUUUUUCAAACGCAAGUUUAAGAUAAACAGUUUACGAAUAAAAAAAAAAGGAUAAUAGGUGCGAACGUGAUCGCGUAGUAAACAAUCAUGUUAACUCGUAUAAUUUGGUUGGUUAUGAUCGGUUGGUCGAGUGGGAUCGAAGGGAAGCGGAUCGACACGAUAGAGGAGUCAUUUUGCCGCCCGUUUCCUAGCAAAGUUUUGGAAGGACAUAAAAUUAGCAGGCUCGACAAUGGAAGUUUAGUGCACGACCGGUUGGUGUAUCCGGCGAAUUCUUAUCGGGUGGUCGGAAAUGAGACUUACGGAUGCGUGUGUAAUAUACGACUUUGCUUGAGGAAGUGUUGCAGACGAGAUGAGAUUUUGGGAACAAGCAUUCGACCAAAUUGUACUCGAUUAACGAAUGGUCAGCUCGCACCGGAUCUUAAGCUUGAACAGCGCCAAUUAACCACCGAGAUCCAAGGAAUAUCCGGUUUAAGCGAUUUGUUCGUUCUCGUCGAGGAUAUGCAGUGUCCUGAGGGCACGGGCAAGUUUCUGCUUCAGCCGGAACUCUACAAUGACGACGCAUUCGUUCUAUUGGCGAACGGCACCCUUCAAAUGACUACGAACAAAUUUGCAGCAUGGACUUACUGUUUCGACUGGAAAGAGUCUUUCGAGAAAAUCGUCGCUAUAGUAUGUCUGUCGAAUUUUCCUCCUUCCAAAGACGAAAUACGGCAAAAAUCUUACAAUAUCGGCGUGAUAGUCUCCAUCCCGUUUUUCUUCAUCACUUUCCUCGUGUAUGCAAUCAUUCCAGAAUUGAGAAACCUCUACGGAAAAACACUGAUGUGUUACGUAGCUUCUCUCGUGGUAGCGUACACCUUCUUCAUAUUGACCACCAUCUCCUCCAACUUGCCCUUCACCAUAUGCUGUACGAUAGCUUUCAUCAUCCACUUUUCCUUCCUGGCCAGCUUUUUUUGGCUGAACGUCAUGUGUUUCGACAUUUGGUGGACAUUUGGAGGUUUCCGCUCGCUGCAGGGCAGCAUGAUCCAAAGGGAACGCAAGAAAUUUUGCAUAUACUCCAUCUAUGCUUGGGGCUGUGCAUUACUGCUUACCGGAGUUUGCAUUCUUAUGGACUUCCUUCCGAAUAUUCCGGAACACUUUGUCAAACCAGAAUUUGGGGUACAAAGUUGCUGGUUCAACACAAAUAAGGCAAAGGCUAUCUAUUUUUACGGACCUAUGGGCGUCACUGUUGUAUGCAACAUAUGCCUUUUCAUUUCGACGGCGUUGAAGAUCGUGCGACACAAAAAGGACACGGCUCAUCAUUUGAAAGGCACCGACAGCAGACGUCACGACGACAAUAAGCAAUGGUUCAAUCUAUAUCUGAAGCUGUUCAUCGUGAUGGGUAUUAAUUGGUCGAUGGAAAUAGUGUCAUGGCUGUGCAACAAUUCACCGGCAUACAUUUGGUACCUGACGGAUCUUACCAACACCUUGCAGGGUGUAAUUAUCUUCUUGAUUUUCGUGUGGAAAGAUAAAAUCAGACGGCUACUCUUGAAACGACUCGGUUGUCAUGGAAACAACAUUCUGUCAAGAAACUCUACCCGCAGCGCGUAUCACAGCUCCACUUCUCGUACUACUUGUACAUCGGCAGCACCACUGCAACAGAAGAUUAUACCCUACUCAAGCGAUCCCACCUCACGGAACAAGACACCGUUCGUUGAUAACGACGAUUCCGUUUAAAACAGCCGAUAAAUCACCUUCGAUCGUUUACGCGGUUCAUUACAUUUUAUACGAUUAAUCGCGAAACGCGAUUACAUAUAUACUUUACGAGUAUUCUUUUUUUCAUCGAAAAGAACAAUCGACUCGAUUGUUGGUACGCAUAGCAUACCAAUGCACGCGUUCGUAAUCGACGAUAAAACGAAUACGAGACGCAGAUGGUUGCUCCUAAUAUUUCACGGAAACGUAUCUACUUACGUAAAUACGUUUAUCUAUCUAGUCAUCGAUGGGUUAUCAUUACAAUUUAAUUUCGCGUUGUCGAUUCGAUAUACGAGGAAGAAUAUUUUUUACCAGUUUCAUCAUUUUAUUUGUAAGGAAACGUAUCGCUAAAUAUAUCGACAGGAAUAACGCUGAAUAAGUGAGGAUGUUUUUUCUUACUACGAAAUACUGAAACUUUGUGGUGUUCAAAGUUUGUCGAAUUAUGCUUAUUGCAAAGGAAAUGACGAAAAUGCGUGCCAUCGUGUAUCUUAAGAUCUAUGUUAUUCGCUAUUUUUACGAUGUCAAGUAUUUGAAAAUUUUGUACAUUUUUCUUAUGUAUUUAAUUUGCAUACGCAAGUGCCCACGCACGCACACAGACACAUACACACGCACGCGUACACGCACACAUACAAUACAUGUAUUUUAUUAUAAAGAGAUAUUAAAAUAUAGUACAAAAUAAUCAAUGUUCAACGUAAUACUAUUAUAUGCAUGUAAUUCAUCUAUCAAUCAAAAGUUAUGUAUUUGAAGACCCGCGGUCGUAAAAGUAACGCAACGCCUAUGUGUAGAUUAUUCGAUAAAAAACUUGUAUUCUACUAGUACACUUCAAGGGAAAAAGAAGGAAAAGACUGUUCAUCCCUGUAAACACAA